CCGACAAUUCACAUAUUUGAGCUCCUAUCUUAUCCCUAUUACACGAUGCCAUUCAUCAAUUCCCCCACCUCCAAGGACAACCUUCCAGUCGUUCCUCUUUGGAUCAAUGGUUCUGCACAGCCCAUUGAUGGGCACUCCCUCUUUCCUGUCACAAGUUCCGUUCAGGAAAAGGUAAUUCAUAAUGCUGUUUCUGCCUCGCCGGCAUCUGCUACUAAAGCCUGCAACGCGGCGGCUACUGCUUUUACGUCCUGGCGUAAGACAUCGCCCGCGCAUCGCCGUGCUCUGUUGCUCAAGGCUGCAGACAUUCUCGAUAGCCGGGCAGAAGAGAUCAUGGAUUGGCAAAUGGCAGAGACAAGCUGCCCGAAAGAAUUUGCCGGCUUCAAUAUCAAGGCGGGAACCAUCUAUGUUCGCGAAAUAGCGGCUGCUACGAGCGAACUCCGUGGUACUGUGCCGCAGAAAUCAAUGGGUCCAACCGGAGAAGAGGUGGGAGGUCUGACGGUUGUGGUAAGAGAGCCAAUUGGUGUCGUUUUGAUUAUUCCUCCUUGGAAUGGUGCUGUGAUACUCCCCCUUCGUGCUAUAAGCAUGGCUCUCGCUGCAGGUUGCACGAUCGUCGUUAAGGCUUCUGAACUCUGUCCGCGAACGCAUAGCCUCUUGGUCGAAUGCUUCGAGGAAGCCGGGAUUCCGGCCGGCGUAAUCAACAUGAUCCAAGCACGACGCGAAGAUGCAGCACUAGUUGUUGAAGCUAUCGUCUCCCAUAAAGCGGUUCGAAAAGUCGAUUUUAUCGGUAGUGCUGCAGUUGGCAGCAAGAUUGGCCAGGUCUGCGCGAAGUAUUUAAAACCCGUGUUGAUGGAGCUGGGAGGGAAGGGGCCGGCAAUUGUCCUGGAGGAUGCAGAUUUGGAGAAGACUGCAUUUCUGUGUGCAAUGGGCGCUGUGCUUGACCACGGUCAACUCUGCUUUUCCACAGAGCGUAUCAUCGUCCACAAGUCGAUAUAUGAGAAGUUCACGCAAAUACUCGCUGCCGUAAUGUCGAAAAUACCCAAAGCAGGAGAUGCCGUGACCCAACAAUCUGCAACGCACGCCUAUGACGUCUUAGUGGACGCACAGGAGAAAGGCGCGACGUUCCUUGUUGGAGGCCCAGAGUACAUUAGCAAGACGAGCCUCAAACCGACGCUCGUGACGAACGUAAAGCCCGAUGCUCGGAUCUGGGACGAGGAGACUUUUGGGCCUUCAGCUACCGUGUACAUUGCCGAAGACGAUGAAGAUGCAAUUACGAAGGCGAAUGAUUCUGCGUAUGGAUUGAGCGCUGCGGUGCAUAGCACGAGUUGGGAACAUGCGUACAAUGUAGCAAAAUACCUAGAAUAUGGGCAGGUGCAGAUCAACAACAUGACUUGCACAGACUCGCCCGGUGGGCCUAUCCGCGGAGUCAAAGGGUCAGGUUGGGGACAGUCCAAUUCGAUAUGGGGGUUGCAUGAGUUCUCGAUUGAGAAGACGAUUGCAUUCCAUCCUUCAAGCGAAAGCAAUAUGCUCAUCCACUGAGCAAAUUAUGCAUGUUCCAACGCAGUUUGUAGCACCUGAGAGGGUACGGACCUGCAUUUCAACAUCGCAUUGCGAUCGAUAUCACUCCAUCUAUUAUUCUACUCUCCUGCUGAUCUUACGAAUAAUAAUGCUUCUUUG